GGCGGGGGGAGGGGGUAAUCAGGUAUAAAUGCUAAGUGGCUGCUGUGCGCAAGCAGACACAGCGGAGUCCAGCAGCUUUAGAUCCCUUGUCUUCCAGCCUACACCUUUCUCAGCUCCGCAGGUACAUCCCCAGCAGGUGGCCAGGACAAGGAUCUCCAAGGCAAUCAGGUGCAAUCCUGGAGGGCAACCGGUAGGAAGAGGGUCACAAAGCCAUGUACGACUUUCCCAAGUCUGGACCCAACGUGUCCUGGUGGGCACUGGCCAAUGCAUCUGGCUGUCCAGGCUGCGGCACCAACGUCUCAGAUGGCCUGGCUUACGGGUUGUGGUCCGUAGAUGCCUGGCUGGUGCCACUCUUCUUUGGUGUGCUGAUGCUGCUCGGCCUGACGGGGAAUUUGCUCGUCAUUUUUGUCAUCUGUCGCCACAAGCAGAUGCGCACAGUGACCAACUUCUACAUAGCCAACCUGGCAGCCACGGACGUGACCUUCCUGCUGUGCUGUGUGCCGUUCACGGCCCUGCUCUACCCUCUGCCUGCCUGGGUGCUGGGAGACUUCAUGUGCAAGUUUGUCAACUACAUUCAGCAGGUCUCGGUACAGGCCACGUGUGCCACCCUGACUGCCAUGAGCGUGGACCGCUGGUAUGUGACCGUGUUCCCUCUUCGCGCCCUGCACCGCCGCACGCCCCGCCUGGCGCUGUUUGUCAGCCUGUGCAUCUGGGUGGGCUCCGCAGCCGUGUCGGCUCCGGUGCUCGCUCUGCACCGCCUCUCGCUGGGGCCGCCCACCUACUGCAGCGAGGCCUUUCCCAGCCGCGCUCUCGAGCGCGCUUUUGCGCUCUACAACCUGCUGGCACUCUACCUGCUGCCGCUGGUCGCCACCUGUGCCUGCUACGGGGCCAUGCUUCGCCACCUGGGCCGGGCCGCCGUGCUCCCGGCGCCUGCGGACAGCGCCCUGCAGGGGCAGCUGCUGGCGGAACGAGCGGACGCUGUGCGAGCCAGGGUGUCACGGCUGGUGGCGGCGGUGGUUCUGCUCUUCGCUACCUGCUGGGGCCCCAUCCAGCUGUUCCUGGUGCUGCAGGCGCUGGGCCCGGCUGGCUCCUGGCACCCGCGCAGCUACGCAGCUUAUGCGCUCAAGACCUGGGCGCACUGCAUGUCUUACAGCAACUCAGCCCUGAACCCGUUGCUCUACGCGUUCCUGGGCUCGCAUUUCCGUCAGGCCUUGCGCAGAGUCUGCUCCUGCGCUCCCCCGAGUCCCCUGUGUCCCCCACGUCCCGGACCGCCGGCCACGCCGUCCACCCGGCCUCCAGAACGCCCGGGAGCAACUAGCCAGGGCCAAGCAGGCUGUGCGUCCUGAGGGAACAUGCUACCCCUCUCUGAGCUGACUCCGGCGGGAUGGAUGGAGGUGGGGCCCUCCGGAACAGGUGUUGCUUGAACAGCAGCUGCCGCUAUUCUGUUAUUAAUAUCUUUGUUCUUGUCCAAGAUAAUCUUAGUGAAAAUGUUUUAUUCUCUUGUAACGUCUGGUACAAAUUGGCUGUGAUGUUUGCCAUGCUUCCUAUUAUGAUGAUUGUUUCUACAUUUCCUGAAAUUGAAGAUGCUUUGAUGCUGGCACCGUCUGAAACUUUCCAGGGAGCGUCAAUAGACUCAGAAGACGUUGUUUACACACUGCCUCGUGGUUGCCUGUAGGGUUGUAAGAUUCAUCCCGUUGUCAGUGAUAUUAAAAUGUGAAUACAUCGUGCGUCUUAAAAUAGGUGGAACAGGAUGUUAUUGUUGCUACCCGGUGAGUGUCCAGUGCCUGGGCCAGAGAACCCCCCUGGGGCACAGUGCACAGAGCGGCCAUACAAGACGCGGGACUGGUCCCUGUGUAACAAACCGGCCCAACAGAGUGACUUAGAACAGCAGCCGUUUUUAUCUCUUACUGUUCCAAGGGGCAAUGGGACUCAGCCUGGCGGUGCUGUGACCAUGUGGUGUUGGCUGGCCCCGGAAGUCAGUUAGGAGAAGGCUUUGCUCUAGCGGCCAGUAGCUGAGUGCUCCUCUGAGGGCCACUGGGCUUCCCCCCUCUUGGUGGUCAGGAAAAUCAGACAUUCA